GCCAUUGCUUGGGAACAAGAACAAGGGCUACGAUGACUGGCGGAGAUAGCCUGAUGAUCGCUGUGCUUGUGCUUGGAGUUAUUUGGUCUUACGCGUACGCAAACCUGACCGUUGAUGAGGCGACCACGAAACUUGUCGUCCUCGGCUCCGGCUACAAGAAGUACGCUGCCCCAUCCCAAGCCGGUGAACCAGCGCAAGUUUACGUCGACAUGAAUUUAAUGAACGUGGACCCACUCUCCGGUGCGGAAAGCGAAUUCGGCCUGCUGGCUCUCGUGCGGUUGAGGUGGCGCGACCCGCGGCUCAACCUGACCUUCUUCAGGAAGAACAGCUUUGUGGCGCUGCCCGCAUACCUAGAGCACGAGAUCUGGACUCCACGGCUGACCUUUCUGGACGUCAGCGAGGUGCGUCUGUUGGCUGCGACAGCUGACGACGCCUCCCGUGUCACUCGCAUCUAUGAGGACGGCACCAUUGCGGACACACGCAGGUAUGUGUUCAGAGUGUCCUGUGCCGUAAACCUGGACCUAUACCCUCUGGACACACAGCGUUGUCCGUUCAGAAUCAAGUUGCAACGCCACACCGAGGCCACGGCACAGCUGCAAUGGAUCAGCGUGUUCAAGACUGGCGAGCAAGACGUGUUGUGGUUGCGCGGAGCGCGCUUGCUCACCAUCACGCUGAGCACGAGUGAACAGACGCUUGAAUCAAUCGCAGGCCCCCAGCGCUGCCUGCUGUUGCAGUUCGCGUUCAGGCGCAACCCGUGGCCACACUUGCUGAGCACGUGGCUCCCGUCGGCCAUGCUGGUGCCCGUGGCCUGGGCGCGCCUCUGGUAUCCGGGCGGAGGCCUGUACCUACCCUGCGCUGCCUUGGCUGGCCUCACGCUGCACUCCACACAGUUCAAGGCGAUGCUUCACGGGCACGACCUGCUCACCGCCAUGGACGUCUGGCUCUUGAUCUGCCUGGGGUUCGUGCUCGGCGCGUUCUUCGACUUCCUGAUCGUCUGCAACGCGAACCAGCGGGCGUGGAGCGUACAGGAGCUGACCGAGGACAACGCUGCGGAUGACUGGAGCCGCACCAUCUCCGAGCAGGUAUACGUGGCCGACGGCUACCGAUUGGCGCACGAGGCCGGCACCCAGACUCCGCCGGAUGUGGGGCUGGACAAGGCGCGACACAAUCGCCGCGCGUGGCUUGUCUUCGUCAUCGGAUUCCCGUUCGUCAUGGUCUUAUAUUGGGCCUACUACCUGACCGCUUCACGCUGACACCGCCGUGCUGCGCUAAAGUCCUGAACACUGGCUUGGACGUCGCCUAGUCGCACUUAGCCUUCUGAUCAGUCUUUCCGCCUGUAAUAAUUAGGCGAAAAGUUAUUUAUUUAUUUAUUUAUUUAUUUGUUUGUUUCAAUACACCCUCAUGGGCUCCAGGUUUCGAGUAUUGCGCAAGAAGGUGUUGUGCUUAGAAACAUAGAAGCGUUUGUAGUAAGUCGGCGCACUAAAAUAAAUAAAAGAAAUAGAAAGAACA